AUGGAACUGACCGAGGAGACGCCCAUAAAGGCCCAGGCUCCUUUGGAAACUGCGGAGCAAAAGAGCGUGGAGGUGCCCGAUGCCUCCGAGGCCGGGAACCCGGAGGGCGGGAGGCCGGAGGAAAUGGCUUCGAAAGCCGAGCCGUCGGAGGGCGGAGAGCGCAGCGAGGCCGCGGAGAUUGAACCAGCAAGCAUGGAGGAGGCGGAGGAAGCCGAGGAGGAUGAGGACGAGGCCGACGAAGAUGAGGGCGAGGCCGACGAAGAUGAGGGCAAGGCCGACGAGAAUGAGGGCGAGGCCGACGAGGAUGAAGGAAAGGCGGCGGCGGAGGAGAUGCCACCGGCCUUCUCCGAGGCCGAGGCCGGGGAAACCGGCGCGGGAGGGGUCCCAGAGUCGGUGGAAGGCCUCCACGACGACUGGCUUGAGAGAGACGAGGCGAGGUGGACCGUGGGCGAGAACAUGACGGAGAGCGACGAGUUCUUGGUCUCCUACGACAAGGACGAGGACGCCUACGAGCAGGAGGAGGAGGCCGAGGAGGCCUCCGAUGAGGAGCUGAAGCUGCAGGAGCAGCAGCUGCGCAGCGAGCUCAUGGAGCAGUAUCACGGGCUGCUGUCGGAGCGCAACCGGAUCCACCAGUACAACAUCCACCUGCAGCACAAGAUCUCCCAGGCCCUGCGCAAGAAGAAGAGCGCCGAGCCCAGCGUGGAGGUGACGGAGACCACCCCCGUGGAGCAGGACACCCCCGAGAAGGAGCAGGCCUACCAGCGCCACCUGGGCUCGCUGGGGGAGCUCAAGAAGCAGCACGUCGAGGACGUGGAGUGGUACCAGCACGAGCUCGAGCAGCUGCGGCAGCACUGCCAGGAGAAGGUGGCCCAGGUGGAGAAGGAGUGGAAGGCCUUCCAGGCCCUCAAGAGGCAAGUGAUGCUGCAGGCCAUGGGCAGCUGCCUGCCGGGCGGGAAGCCUGCCGCCCUGCGCGAGGUGGAGCAGAUCCAGGCCAUCGAGGACCGCAAGGAGAAGGAGAUGAGCGCCGCGCGCCUGGAGAACGUGCAGCUGAAGCAGUCCCUGAUGCUGCUGGAGGCCAGGAUGAAGGCGCAGGAGGAGAUGACGGAGGGGCUUCACCUCAUCGACUUCGAGCAGCUCAAGAUCGAGAAUCAGACCUUCAACGAGAAGGUGGAGGAGCGCAACGAGGAGCUCUUGAAACUACACUACAAAGUCACCAGCAACGUCCAAAUAAUCACCCACGUGAAGGAGAAAUUGCAGUUUGUGGAAUUGGGGAAUUUGCGCCUCAAGUCAGAGCUUAUGGAUAUUGAUGCCCAGGUGGCCCAGAAGAGGGACAUCUUGACCAAGGCUAAGAAGGCCAGAGACAGCCUGCGAGUUGAUAAUGUCAAGUUACAUCAGAAGUGUGGACUGCUGGGCAAAGAGAUGCUCCUUCGGGACCUGGAGCAAAAAGUGGACCAAACCGAGUUGCUCAGCCAGAGGCUAGAAACACUUAAGCGCCAGCAUGCUGGGCUGACACUCUCUUGCAAAGGACUCAAACAGAAAAUAAAGGAAUCCAAAGCAUUCCUACCAUCCUGAAUAUCAGAAACAACUGAUACAGAUCUUCAGCAAAACCUUUUCAGUUUUCAAAAGGAACUUAACCUUUAGUGGACUUAUUUUUCAAUAGGGUGCCAUUCUUUAACAUGCCUGUGGUAGUUAUGGGAAAAAAAACCACCUAUAUUUAUUGAAAUAUGUAGCUUACAAUAGAUUAGUAAGCAUGACACUGAGCUGAGACAACUUAUUUUAAAUGGGUUGAACAUCUUAUAAAUUUAAAACAGAGUCAAAGAAGCCAAGUACUGUGGUUGACUAAAAAUUAUCUCUUGGCUAAGUGUAGAAAUAAAGGACAAAGCACCCUUUUAGUUCUGAACCAUUCCACCACUGCAAAUCAUCAGCCACUACAGAAUUUUCAUUUCACUUUGAUGAAGUACACAGAGAGGACCAGAAGCCUCACCUGUGAAAAAAGGCAAGGGAGGGGGUAGAAGAAUAGAGAAAACUAACUUUACUUCCAUGCAUAAAGUGAAUUAUUAAAUUUUUUCUAAAAUUUUCAAGUCACUCAACUAAGCCCAUUAAAAUGCCUCUUAAAUAUUCAUAAAUAUUUUAGAUCUGCCAUUCACUUAACUUGUCUAUAAAAUGUAAUUUACAGACAAAAAAAAUGGAAAUAAUUAGCAGAAAAAUUAGUUUAUUUUUCUCAGAUGUACUUUUUCUUCUUGGCCAGGACUACUUCUCAAAAUAAUACUGGCAUUAGUCUAAGCCUUAAAUUAGGGCUCCUUUUCUCUUGCAUUCUCUAAAAAAAAGUUACUGGUCUGUCAAGCAAUUCGAUCAAGGAGGUUAUUUACAAUAGAAAAGAUGAGCAAGAAGAGGCAUAGUUUAAUGGAUAAAUAUAUUCUGCUUUAAGUAAAACCUUCUGCACCCAUUCUCUAUAUUACAUUACCAGAUGCAUGUUAUAAGCAAUCUAGAAUCAAUGAGAUUGAAUUUAGGUCUUAGACCUUCUCUGGGGGAACUGGAGAUGUCAUGGGAUGGGUUCCCCACUCGUGACCAUGUCAUGGAUUAUAUCAAAAUAGAGGUUUGGAAAAUUCUACUUCAAAAAUCAGACUUUUUUGGUCUUGCAAUUUUUUUUGAACACUCCUUUUUAUAAUAUCAGAAGCACCCUCUUGGUGUUAUAACUUUCUUAUGUUCU